AUGGAGCUCCGAGUGGUGAUUUUUUGCACCCUGGUGGUGUUCUGUAGUUCCAGUUCUGCACGAUCCACACCGGUGCCAGUGGAGUCACCCGGAAGAAUCGUGGCCGUGGUUAGCGAUCCGGAAGUGACGCGAAAUAAGCGACAUCUUGGAUUUGGUGGAUUGGGAAUCGGAGUUGGUCUCGUCGGAGGAGGAUUCGGAUUUGAUGGAGGAUACGGUGGUGGCGGCUAUCCUCCGUUCUAUGGAGGUCCUGUUGGUGUACCAUAUGGCGGAGGGUAUGGACCGUACGGAGGUGGAUUUGGUCCUUAUGGAGGAUUUGGUCCUUAUGGAGGAUUUGGCCCGUAUGGAGGUUAUGGACAUCCUUACGGAGGUGGUUACGCUGGCGGGUACGAGUACGGUUACGGAUACGGUUCUGGAUUCUAUGACGCCCCUCCGUUCAACACCGCGUGUCUCCAGAACGGGGAAGUGGCCCACAGUUACGCGCAGCAGCUGGAAGCGAAUCUGCCAGGUGAGGAGGAACUUGGCGCAGCCUCGCUCGAAGAUGGUUGGAGCCGUAUUCGCUCAGCCAUCGGCAGUGCAGCGGAAGCCACACUGGGUAGUGCGAUCCGAGUCAGCCGAAACGAUUGGUACGACGACGAGUGCCAACGGAUUACCGCCGAGAAGAAGGCAGCUUACGACAGGAAGCUGCACAAGGCGACGAGGGAACGUGGAACGAUACAGGCAGGCUCGGAAUCGGCAGGUCGCGGUCUUCAAGCUUAA